UUGAGGAUAUUUUCUUUCUUCUCCGAUUAUUUUUUAUUGCCCCCUUGUUUUUUUUCCUGGCUUUUUGAUUUCCUUUUGGACCAUUUGCCUCCCCUUCUCUAUUUGCCCCAUUCUUGGGGGGGUUUUUUUGCACUCCCACCCCAUCCACCCUCCCCCCCAGUUCCCAGGGGGCAUUGGCCCCCCAUCUCCUUGGGGGCGGUUGAGUGGAAGCAGGGCAAUAAAGGCUGCACGCUGGUACCUGCUGCCUCCCCCCGCUGCUUCCUAGGGCCCCCAGCGCAGCCCAGCGAGGGACUGGGAGCACUGGGUGGGAUGGGGGAGCUCUCUGAUGGCUGCUGUGGGGUUGGGCACCGGUGGGACGAUGACGCCUGGUCACUGUGCCACCAGCUGCUCCGUUUUCAUGUUAGAAAGCAACGAUUUGAGGCAAAAAAUGCAAGGUGCUGGAUGGGCACGGGGGGCUGCAGCCCCGUUUUGGGGUGAAAUCUCCCCUUGUCGGUGCACCACACCAACUGCAAGGGCUUUUCUGUGGAGUGGGGAACCCUCUGCAUUCAUCCCGCCCCCAGCGGAUGGAAAUUUGGGCUGUGAUUCCUGUUUUCCUCUGCUGGCGAGUGGAGCAGAAAAGGAAGAUUUUUGAUGAAAAGGGAAACGGCGGUGAUUUACUUCCUUGUUUUAUUUUAAUUUUUUUUUUCCCAGAAAUGGCCACUUUUUGGUGUUUUGGGGGUGAGGGGAGCAGCUUUGGUGCCCCCAGCACCUCUUGGCAGUUUUGUGUUGGCCUGAAGCUGUUCUUGGAGCGCCAGCAAUGCGUUUUUUUUCCCACUUGGAUAAGAAAAAUGUGUUGGUUUUUGUGCAGAAAGCAGAGAAUUUCCCAAUUUCCCAGUCAUGGCCACCCCCCCUUUUAUUUGUAUUUAUUUGCACUUCUCUCCUUCUUCAGACUUUGGCCCUUUUCCUGGGUUCCUGGCUGCGCGCAGCCAACUGUUCUGCUUUACAAGUGACCCAAAAAAGGAACCUAAAAGACCCCCAGAUAACAGGGUUUACGUUGUGGUGAGGAUUGCAGUCUGUAGUUGGCCGGGCAGGAUGCUCACUAUCAAGCUCUUCCUCACGGCCGCCCUCCUCUUCCUCACCCGCAGCCGGGCUGAUGGAGCUCCUGGGUCGCCGAUGGGAAGGAAGCUCCUCCAGCACUCUGCUUCCAGCUGGACUGGUUUUCAGAGGGCGGAAGGCAAGGAAUUGCCUUCCUGGCUGUCAUGGGAGCCUUUUGGUGGUCAGUUGCCAGCCGACGCCGUGUCCAACCGCAACGCCUACACCAACGUGACAGAGUAUGUCUGCUUACCCAAAUCUUGGCACUGCAGCAUUGGUUCCUACGUUCCCAGCCGGGGUCCGUUUUGCACUUUUGCCUUUGGAGGAUUGGUGCACGACUCCAGCGAGUUCAUGGUGUUGGUCAACAAAGGGAGGUUGGAGGCGCUGCGGUGGGUGGACGAUUCGUUCGGUGACGUGCCUGAGAACGCCGUGGAGGGCUGCGAGUCGUCUGACAUCUACGUGGGGAGGAACCGGUACGGCCUGGGGAAGGUCUCCAAGGAGCAGAGGGCUUUAUUUGUGGCAGUGGACGGCAAGGAGGUGUGGUUCAAGUGGUAUCAAGUCUUGACGGUGAAGACGGGCCCAGCAGGCAUCACCAUCUCAGGUGUCCUCUACAACGUGAGCGCGGCCGCAGAGCACGGCAGAGACGUCACCGUAACGAAGACCACGGUGAAAAACGAAGGCUGCCAAGGGACGAGGCGAGUUGUCACCUUGGAAGAAGCCACCGAAGUGGAGCAGGACUGGGAGCUGGACCAGGAGAUCUUCGGCAGCGUCCGCGGGGUGCUGGAAGCUGGCCUGCUGGCCUUCGACGGGACGAGCUGGGAGGCCACCAACGUCAUGAAUGUCACCUGGCUGGGAAAAGCCAGCGCUGGUGAGUACGUUGAACACAGCCACAGGGUCGAGCUGGAGAUGCAGCCCCGUACGACGUGCACGGUAGCCAUGGUGGGACGUCGGCUGGAUGCCCGCAUCCCAUUCACUGCAGAUCUCACCAGGGAUUUUGGUGAUGGCCAACCACACCGGGUGGAAGUCACAGGGGUGGCUCGCAGCCAGCAGGUGGUGGAUGUCCGGGCUGGCGUUGAGUGGUGCUGGCCCCUUCCUGCUUCAACGCAGUGCUGAGCACAGCGGAUGGUGAUGGGGGGUCACCGCGUGCAGCAGGACGCCAUGCAAUGCAUUGGGGUUUUUUUCCUCCAGUCGGUGUAUUUCUGCACCGUGUCUGUUUCAUUUCCCCACAUCUCUCCCUAAAAAGCCACAGCAGCAGCAAAACGCACGUUUUUGCCAUCUUCAUCUUCUGCUUUUUCCCCCAUUUACCUCCAUCUCCCUCGGAAUGACGCGGCAGCAACCCCAAAUGCAGAAAAACGCAUUUCUCCUGAUGUCUGUUUUGCCUUUAUUCCACAACGACCAUCAUCCAAGCUCCUCUCUCUGAACCAACA